AAACCAUUCUCGUAUUGCGAACUCACAGCGGGAAGUUUGACACGCAGCUCUGCAAACCUUCAUCCUCCUCGGCUUCCCGGCAAGUAUCGCUAACCGGCGACCCUGAUCACACUAAUCUUGAAAGUAAUGAUGGACUGUGUAGAAGAAGUUCCGCUUCCGUUUCCCUUGAAUCGAUUGAUUGAAGAGAUAUGUGCCCAGAAGCUUCUACCGAUGCCGGAUGUCGCUGCUCGGAAGACUCUUUCGAAGAUCACCGAAGAGUCUGCAAUCGAUGUUUUGAAAAGAGUCCGUUCGACUACAACGCCGAUUUAUAAUUUGAGUGGAUACAUUGUUUUCAUGGUGAACAAAUACGGUUUAGUCGCUUCUACUUCUUCUUCUUCUCAUGGUGAUGCUGAGAGCAUUCGUCUUUCGUCUCGAUAUCCGUCUUCUCCUUCCUCUUCCGUCUCUUCCACUCCUCGAAGAAGUGCAUACUACGACUCUCCAUCUUCAACGAAGUUUCUCGAAUCACCUUGCUCUUGUAAGAGUGCUAGUCCUGUAUUUACCCAGUAUCGUACUCCUACAAAUGACAGCCAUGGAGGUCCUGUUCAAGGACGCACUUCUCCCUUUUCUUGUUCUAGUUUGAAAGAUGCAAUUCCUACCUAUUGGCCAAUUGUAGAUCAAGUUACUACCUCUCCUACUUCGAGUUCAAAGUGCACAAAUCCUAACAAUGUAAACCAGCCCUAUUCUGGCCCUGCAAAUGCCUGUCAUAGUGAUUCUUCAAGCUAUUAUAUAAGCGACCAGGCAAUGAUUCUUUCAGGGCUUGAAUUCAGGAAAUUAUUCAUGGUACAUAGUUAUAUUGGAAGCCAUAAGCUGGAGGAUGCUGUAUCUCUUGAAGAUGCAGUCAAAAUAGAUUCAAUGAAAACCAUGUCAAUGUUUGAUUUUGAGGAUUGGAUGUGGAGCAAAUUCGGCUGCCAAUACUGUCAACACUCUGAUAGAUCAAUGUAUCUUGAUUGGGAUUGUGGAAAAACAUAUCUAUACACUUGUUAUGUAAAUUCUGAUGGAGGUUACAAGUUCAAGGGUCCAUAUCUUGAUACUAAAAAGACUCACCUACAAAGAGCAAUAGGAGAUGAAAAUGUACUGAUUGUCAAAUUUGCAGAGCCUGAAAAGGGCGACAUGAUAGCUGUUAGAAAGUAUGAAAAGAUUGUUGAAGCAGGGAUUCUUGUUGGUGUGAGACGUUAUCAUUUUUUUGUCUUUAAAGAUGGAGGCAGAGAAAGGCAGAAGAAUGAAAAAGAUGACAAGAAAAGGAGGUCAUCAGGGAGUAUCAAAUGUUAUUUUGUUCAAAGAGAAUCUUUUACUCCUUUGGAUGAUACAGACACUUUCAUGAAGAACUGCAAAACAACUCAUGAUGUCCGAUGUCUUUUCAUGCAUGUACAUAUGGUCUCCAACAUGGCCAAGUACAUUGCCAGGAUGUCCCUUAUUCUAUCAACAACAAUAAAGCUCCAAGUUGACCUUUCUUCAGUAUCAGUAGAAGAAAUCGAUGACAUUCCUUGCACUGAUGAAAAUGGUGAUAUUGUGUAUGAUGAAGAUGGUGAACCACUAAUACAAACAGAUGGAACUGGAUUCAUAUCUGAAGAUCUAGCUGGCUUAGUCCCAUGUGACUUUUAUGAUGCAAAGUAUAUGAAAGAUACAAGUUAUGAGAAGUUUGACUCGGUCAAACCUGAGAUUGGAUCAUUGGGUCUUGGAGGAAGAGAGGUGACAAUUAAAGAUCCGCCUUUGUUGAUCCAAUGUCGCUUGUUUAAUGAGGGUUCUGCUGUAAAAGGCACUCUUCUUUUCAAUAAGAGGCUUAAACCAAGAACAAUUCAGGUAAGACCUUCAAUGAUUAAGGUGAAGAAAGAUCCAAGAUUGUUGGAUAUAGAAUCAUUUAAUUCUCUUGAAGUAGUUGCUGUAAGCCAUAAACCAAAAGCAGCUAAACUUUCAAAGCAUUUGAUUGCACUUCUAACAAUUGGAGGUGUCCCAAAAGAAUACUUUUUGAGUUUACUAGAUUGCACACUAAAAGAUGCUCAAAAAGUUUGCUUUGAUCAACGUGCAGCAUUUCGAGUGGCGAAUAUUUAUCAACACAUAGAUGAUUCCGGAAUCUCCAUUGAAAUGUUUGGGGCCCGCAUUCCUCUCAAUGAACCUUACUUUCAGUAUCGAUUAUCUCAACUUGCAAAAGAAGAGAGAAAAGGAUUAGGUGAAGGCAAAAUCCCAAUUACUGAAAGCUUUUAUCUCAUGGGAACAACUGAUCCUACAGGAAUCUUGAAUCCUGAUCAAGUUUGCAUUAUUCUUGAAAAUGGUCAGAUAUCAGGGAAGGUUUUAGUCUACAGAAAUCCAGGUCUCCAUUUUGGAGACAUUCAUGUUCUGAAUGCUAGAUAUGUAAAGGAAUUGGAAGAUUUUAUUGGAAAUGGUAAAUUUGCAAUAUUUUUUUCCACAAAAGGAAGAAGAUCAGUGGCAAAUGAAAUUGCAAAUGGAGAUUUCGAUGGUGAUAUGUAUUGGGUGUCAAGAAACCCUCAGCUAUUGCAUUACUUUCAAUCAAGUGAGCCAUGGACACGUUGUUACUCAACUCCAAAUGGAUCACUUAAAAAACCAAGUGAUUUCUCACAUCAAGAAUUAGAGCAUCAACUCUUUAAACUGCUUUUUUCUACAAAAACACACAAUGAGGCUGCUGGAACUGCAGCUGAUAGUUGGAUGUCAUUUAUGGAUCGGUAUCUGAUGUUACAAGAAGAUGAUGCUGAUGAGAAGCGCCUUUUAGAGAAAAAGAUGUUGACAUUGAUUGAUUUAUAUUAUGAUGCUUUAGAUGCAUCCAAAAGUGGCAAAAAGGUUGUGAUUCCUCGUGAGUUAAAAGCAACACAAUAUCCACAUCACAUGGGUCGAAAACCAGAAUAUCGGUCUACUUCUAUCCUUGGAUUAAUUUAUGAUCAAUUUCAGAGUUGUAAAAACGAAAAGUCACCUGUACAAGAGAUAUGGAAAUUACCUUAUUUUGACAUCAAUGUAUCGGAUUCAUGUUUGAAAAUUUGGAAGGAAAGAUACGAAAGUUACAAACAGGAGAUGUCAAAUGCAUUGAAAUACAACGAUUUAUCCAAAAACGAUGCAGCAAAUAGCGUAUUACAAAAGUAUAAGCAGCUGUUAUAUGGUGCUUUGGAUUUCAAAGAUAGCACUAGGAACAUUGAUGAGAUAUAUGAAGAAGCUGUUGCAAUCUACCAUGUGAGUUAUGAGUAUGCAAUAAGAAGAAAAGAUGUUGCAAAAUGUGGGUUUGCAUGGAAAGUUGCUGGUUCAGCCCUUUGUGCAUAUCAUCGAAAGAUUCAUUGUAUCAAGACAGGGGAAAGGGAAAUUACGUUUGUAUCCUCCGCGCUCGAUGGUUUAUACUAACAAAACUAUGUUAUUUGUUGUGAUUUAUGUAAAUGUUAUAUUAGUAUUAUUGUAAUCAUGGCCUAUUGGCUACUUAUGUAAUUAUAAGAAUCAAGCUUCCUUUC